GUAGUUACAACGUAAAGCAGACAACGAGGACGUUGAUUUGGGAUUUCUGUGUUCCAGGGCACGUGGGUUGAGAAAUAUCGGCAAGGACUGAGAGAAGAGUUGUGCAAGAAGAUGCUUUUCAAUUUGAAAAAUUUUUGCCAUAUUUCAAAACUAACAAAGAACAGCAAGCAUCUGCCACGACAUUUUUGCCGUGGGCCACCAAAUCAAAUGAAUGUUUGUCUGAAAGGUCGUGACUUUCUUACUCUACAGAACUACACAGCAGAUGAACUGAAGUAUUUGCUAUGGGUGGCCUCAGAUUUGAAACAAAGGAUAAAGGACAAAGGAGAGUAUUUGCCUUUGAUGCAAGGAAAAUCGUUGGCUAUGAUUUUUGAGAAGAGAAGCACAAGAACAAGAUUAUCUGCAGAAACAGGAUUUGCUCUCCUUGGAGGACACCCUUCCUUCCUUACAAAACAAGACAUUCACCUGGGCACUAAUGAGAGUCUCACAGAUACAGCAAGGGUGCUGUCCAGCAUGACAAAUGCAAUCUUGGCUCGAGUUUAUAAGCAUAAUGAUCUGGACCUAAUGACGAAAGAAGCCACGAUCCCAGUAAUCAAUGGAUUGUCUGAUUUAUACCAUCCUCUCCAGAUUUUAGCUGAUUACCUAACCCUUCAGGAGCACUACGGUGGUCUGAAUGGGCUCACCAUCGCCUGGAUUGGGGAUGGAAACAAUGUCCUCCACUCCAUCAUGACAAGUGCUGCAAAGCUGGGAAUGCAUCUCCACAUUGCAACUCCCAAGGGCUUUGAGCCAGACCUCAGAAUAACAAAAAUAACUGAGCAGUACUCCAAAGAGAAUGGUACCAGGUUGCUUCUCACCACAGAUCCUUUGGAAGCUGCAAACGCUGCCAAUGUCUUAAUUACGGAUACAUGGAUAAGCAUGGGGCAAGAAGAGGAAAAGAGAAGAAGACUGAAGGCAUUUCAAGGUUAUCAGAUUACAAUGCAGAUUGUGAAAUCUGCUGCUUCCAACUGGACAUUUUUACAUUGUUUACCAAGAAAGCCAGAAGAAGUUGAUGAUGAAGUAUUUUAUUCUCCAAGAUCACUGGUUUUCCAGGAGGCAGAAAACAGAAAAUGGACAAUUAUGGCUGUCAUGGUUUCCCUGCUGACAGAUUACUCACCACAGCUACAAAAGCCUACAUUUUGAUGCUUGGAUCCCAGCCAAGAAAAAAAUAUUCCUCAUUGGCAGAAUAUUUUGGUCUGCAUAUAGAUCGAUCUUCUUCAGAAAAGAUCAAGGCAACAAAUGAUUCUUUAAUAAAAUUGUAGGGCUAGCUUUGCUGAAGUGUGCAGUAUUGCAUUACAUUUGUGAAAAUGUUUGAGGCAAUAAACUCCACUGCGAAAGUCACUUCUUAUUUAGACCCUCUCAAAUACCUUUCCAGUGAUCAGCAUCACUGAAAGUUUUUUGGGUUCCACUUUAAUGAUUGACUCUGCCAGCAUCAUAGGUAUAUUGUAGUCUUAGAUGUGUUAGAGCUAGCACUGUGUAAUAUGAAAGACAUAAACUCUUAAAACUUUUUCACAUAAUUGCUGAUCUGUGGCAGGGUGCACAGGCCAGCAGUGCUUUACUGUUGCCUUGACUACCCACACUUCUUGGGUGCUCUGGCUUCUGUUUCUGUCCUCUAGCCAACCUCCAAACCCCUCUGCUGUUUGGCACUGAAAAUGUACUGACUCCAUGAGCAUCACCUUCCUCUCUGCCAUUCCUGUGGGCUAGCACAGGAGAAUACUGCUGCAGUACUAGAAGAGAAGUUCUGCAGAGUUGGAUGUGGCAAAGAAAAA